AUGGCGCUUUCUAUACGCCCCGCAAGAGAGGCAGAUCUAGAGAUGAUUGCAAAUAUUGCAGCAGCAGCCUUCAAUCCCACCACAGACGCAAUAUCCCGACGCUUGUUUCCACCUGACCUUCAACCGACGGACAUGCCAGCUGGCGAAGCAUGCAGACAAUGGCGAGCCGCUCGCAAGUCUGCGAGCUUCCACUCUGACGGGACUGCUCUGAUGGUAGCCGUAGAUGAUGCUCUGCAAGGGCAGAUUGUUGGCUUUGCGCUGUGGGAUGUUCCAGUGCCUUCUCCCCGUUGCGCACCGCACCAACCCCACGAACCAGAACCAGAACCUGCUGCGCAUGCGCACGCAGGCUUAGACCAGUCCGCAUUAGCUGAAAUGCGUCGGAUUCUAGCUGAAGAUGCCCGUGCGCAUUUCGGCGCCGGGAUGAAAAAGAAUGUGUGGCAUCUCGAUUAUAUUGCGGUGGACCCGCGUCAUAGGCGGAGGGGUAUUGGCAAGAUGCUCUUACAAUGGGGCGUACAGCGGGCUGCCGCAGCAAAGAGAGACUGUUAUCUGGUUGCUACGCCUGCUGGGCGUCCGCUGUACGAAGCUGCUGGAUUUACGGAAUUGACUACCCUACUGAUAUUUGGUGUUCCUCACUGGUCAAUGAUCAAGAGGUAUGUUCCUGUCUCGGGGUAG